AUGAUCGAGCGACGCCGUCUUCCAUCUGCGUCCUACAACUCGCCCGUUGAAAAUGAACAUUGGUCACGAUGUGAAUUUGCCGAACAGUCGGUGGUAAUCGUUGGCGAGAAUCGCGACGCAGCACAAAUCGCCCGACAUGUCGCUAACAAACAGCCAGGAGCGUCGCCUUUCUUCGUCAUGGACAUGCCAUCGGUAAUGGCUCGUGUCGACGAUUGGCAAGAUCAUUUACCACGCGUCCAGGCCUACUAUGCACUUCGUUGCAAUGCCGAUCCUGUACUGGCGAGGAUGCUCGCUGAUUGUGCACGCCUCGGAUUUGUUGUAUCGGAUGCGCAACAGCUGGCCGUGGCUCUUGAACUUGUUUCCGCCGACCGAAUCAUUAUGGACUGUCCGCUUUGGACCCGCAAAACUAUGCGAAUUGCUGGUGAAUGUGAAGUCGGAACCAUUGUGAUUGAGAAUGAGAAACAGCUCAUGGAUGCCAUCAGCUACGCACCACAUGCUCGCAUUCUUUUGGCCAUCUCGCUGAGCGAAUGUCGUGGUGACAGCGAUUCGCUGCUGGCCCAGAAAGGUGCACACAUCGAAGAAGUCGAAGGAUUGCUGAUGACUGCAUUUGAGCUCCGUGCGAAAGUAGUUGGAAUCAGGUAA